AUGAACACCAGAUCGAAGAGCAAGAAGGCGCCAGCGGCCUCCGAUCCUGAUCAGCCCGUGGCCAAGUCCCCCGAGCACCACCCGCCCGACAAUGCCGCUGAAGUGCAGCCCACACGCCGCUCUCAACGCCUGAUAGCACGCCGAUCGAAGCAGCAUGAGCAGGAGGACGAGCCUGGCGCCGUCACCGCUUGCGACGCGCCCGCACCCGGCCCCGCAGCUGCGAUCGUGCCACUGCGCCGUCCAGCCACUGGCCGGCGCCUCCCCGCGCGGCCCGUGAAGCGCGUGCGCCGCGAGCCGCAGCUGACCGGCCUUUGGGACACGCUGCCCACCGAGCUCGUCGACAUCAUCAUCAACUUUUGCGGCCCCCGACAGCUGGCGCGCCUGGAGACCACUUGCACCUACUUCAAGACUGUCAGGAAGCUGGACUCCAUCUGCUUUGAGCGGCUGAAGGCCAUUCCCCGCGCCAAGGGCAUGCAGCCCAACCGCAGUGCAUAUGAGAGCUGGGCGUCUACCCUCUUCUUCAUCAACUCUCAGUCCAACGCCGCCGCACAGGCCACUGCUCUGGCCCUUGGCAACACCCACUCCGCGGCGCUGUUGGUGCCCACACUGAAUUCCGACGGUGACCACAACCUCUACACAUUCGGCCGUGGCUUCCACGGCGCGCUCGGCCACGAGGAUUCUGACGACACUUGCGCCCCCAAACACCUCUGCAUCGGCUACCAAGCCAGCGUGGAGUACCCCAACUUGGAGGAGGAAAUCACCCCUGCGGUUGUCACCUGUGGCAACAGCCACACCGUCUGCAUCACCCGCCGCGGCAUGAUGUACACCUUUGGCCUAGGCAACCGUGGCGAGCUUGGCCUCGGCCCCGAUGUCACCGGAGAGUGCGGCAGCAACCACACCUUGGCAAUCUCAGAGCUCGGAAGCCUGUGGGCGUGCGGUCACAACUCCAAGGGACAACUGGGCAUUGGCAACCGCGAUGACAGCUCGGACCUGCGCCCUCUUCACGGAGCACUCAGGGGCUAUCGUGUCGUGGCUGCUGCUGCGGGGCAGAACCACUCCAUGGCGCUGAGCAGCGACGGCAGCCUCUUCACCUGGGGCUGCGGUGCCUUCGGCCAGCUUGGCCAGCCGCAGCUUCACGCCAUGCACCUCAUGCAAGUCAACGCCGCCUUUGUGGUUGAGUCACCUCGCAAGAUUGACAGCCUCGACCCCUUCAAAUUGCAGCCCUGGAAGAGGGUGACCGCAAUAUCCUCUGGCAAGUACCACUGCAUGGCUGUCACUGUCAGUGGCGAACUCCUGGGCUUUGGACGCAACAAGUCUAGUUCAUUCUACAGGAUCUCGCAGGUUGCCUGCGGCGCCAACCACACCCUGGCGCUGGUGAUGCACGGUGGCAAGUUGGUGCCAUGCGCGGCAGGUGCCUGCAGCUUCGGCGAGCUGGGCCAGGGUGACCAGAUCAAGCGGUCUCGCUUCACACCCAUCCUGCAGCUCAAGAACGCCGAAAUUGUGACCCUCCAGGCGGGCGACCACAACUCAGGCGCCAUCGGCGCUGACGGCAGCGUGUACCUUUGGGGCAGGAACGACCACGGCCAGCUGGGGCUUGGCGACACCCGCAGCCGCUGGGAGCCGGUCAGGCUGGAGGGCUUCAGGGCGGUGCACCCCGACCGCACCCUGCGCAAGAGCAAGCGCUCGCUGCCGCGCAUGCGGCCGGUCACCGUUGAGGAGGACCCGCCCGCGGGCCCUGAGAAGGGGGGGCUCAAGUCGGCCGCGGCUUUCUUCUUUGCUAUCGCAAGCCGAGAGCAGCACAAGGACGAGUGCGUCAAGGCGCCCCAGGCAGACGAGACUGCCGUGCAGCCCGCCACCGGGGCCGCCGAGGGCGCUGGCGGCGAGCGCCUCGCCCAUGAGACUGCGAGCUGA